GCGUCGAGCGAGUGGAUAUCGGUUGAGAAGUGGGCUGCGACGAUAGAAACUGAUCGGAAGUGGAACGCUCGCUUCUACCAGGUCUGCAGGCACAAGCGGCCUCUGUCGACUUUCGUUCCUGGAGUGGUGCUCGUGGUUGAGAGCGAGGCCGUGGAGAACAACUUCAGC